CUAAAGCAUGUCUGUUGAGAUGGCACUAUUCUAUUAAAUUAUUUAUUAAUGGAAUUUGGUUGCCGGUUAUUAAUUAAAAUAAACAAAUGUGUCGCUUAGAACAUAACUUGUGUAUGAAAAUGUGCUAAACAUUUUACGUGAGCACUUAGGCUACGUUGUUGUAUUGUGUAAUACCGUAAAAACUGCGAAAGAAAUGUCUCUAAUUAUAACAAUUUCUCUUUUAAGCUUGACCUUAUUAGAAAGUGCUACCGGCUUGGGGGAAAUAAUAUAUGCUAUUAACGCAGGUGGUCCAGCUUAUACUGAUAUGUAUGGUAUCCACUACGAAAAGGAUCCCUUGCAAGGAAGAGUUGGCACAGCUUCUGACUAUGGAAAGACGCUUGCUUUGAUUGGAAGAGUAAGUGCUAAGGACGAAAUAUUAUACCAGACCGAACGAUACCACCAUAGUACCUUCGGUUAUGACAUUCCAGCCAACAAAGAUGGUGAUUAUGUAUUAGUUCUUAAAUUUAGUGAAGUGUACUUCAAUGCACCCAACAUGAAAGUGUUUGAUGUAGUUCUGAACGGAGACCAUACCAUUGUAGCUGACUUAGACAUUUUUGAAAAAGUUGGCCGUGGUAUGGCUCAUGAUGAGUAUGUACCUUAUUCUAUUAAGAAUGGUAAGCUUUACCAUUAUGAUGAAGAAUCUGACAUAAGAGGUGGAAAAAUUAAAGUUGAGUUCAUUAAAGGGUACAGAGAUAAUCCAAAGAUUAAUGCAUUCUAUGUUAUGAGUGGAACAAUAGAUGAAGUUCCUAAGUUACCCCCUAUCGUAAAGCCUGAAGCAGAAACUGAGGAGCUGAGAGAAGAAGUUGAAGAGAAAAGCACAAAGUCACGGCGCGCAAGUGGACCAAAACAACCUGAUCCUUAUUCUCUGGAUGAUAGCUCAGUUCUGAUUCCAGUGUUUAUUACAAUGGGUGCUUUUAUACCACUGUUAUUUUGUCUUUGUAGAUUAUAAUUUUUAUUUCAAUAUCUUCGGUUAAUAUGCUGUCAGUAAAUAAUCUAUUCAUAUUUUUGGAUGUAAAAAUUAUCAUCAUUUCUUAGAGUAAAAUUCAUUUAUAAUAACAACUGUUUGGUUAUUGCAGCAUAAAAUUUAAGUCCUUUGAAAAUAAAAUAUAUUGAUUGGGGAAAAAUUAGAUAUACAUACGUUCACUGUUAAAGACAAAGUGCUUGCUUCCUUUGUAACUAUCUAAAAUGUUUUUGCAAAUUCUAGAUAUAGCUGCAAAAUAUCAGAAGUUCCUUCAUUAUUUGCCAUUGUUACUUAAAAUCCACUAUACUUGUACAUGGUGACAACAAUAUUAAAUAAAAUCUUUGUUCUACCAUAAAGCAUACCUAAAAUGUGAAAAAUAUUCUGAAAAUCUCAUACUAUUGAUUAUAAUUGUUAACAUUUCCACCAAGUUUAUUGUUGUUGAUUGCUCUAAUUUUACUGCUAUCAUAAUGUAUUCAAGCUUAGUUGUUUUUAUAAUGUUAUAAGGAUAGUAUUAUUAUUCAUUAAAUCAUAUAUGGUACAUUUUUCCUUAAGUUAUCUAAAGCUCAAGCUGAAUAGUACAAAUCAUAAAAAAUACUAGUACCCGUCCCAUAUAGGAUAUAAUUGUAGCAGACAUAGGGAAAGGGCAUGCCAAAGAUCCUGUUGAUGUUAGGAUUAGAGGAAUAAGUAGUACACUUUGAUGGUAACAAUGCGAUGAUGGUACUCCUUUCCAAUUUGCUGAUGGCUCCUUAAUUGGCAACAAUGUUAAGUUAAGUAAGAAAUCUUUAAAAAAAGUAUAAUUUUGACAACCUUCCUGGGCAAAGUAGUUUGCACUGUAGUCUUACUAGAGGGAGGUCCCAGGUUUUCUCUGGUGGGAGGCUUUGUGGCUUGUGAUACCACCAGAGUGAUAAAGACAUAUUGCCAAGAAAUUUAGUGUACUGCCAAUGUAUUCAUGGUUAACAUCCAUAAAAGCAAAGGUGAAGGAAUAUCUUAUUAUAUUUACGACAAACGUGUGUAUGUCCUUAAUAAAAUAGUAUAUUCAAAAAUCUAAAUAACUCAAUAGAUAACAUCAGUUACAAACAAUAACUAGAUACUUUUCUGCUAGGUUUUGCGUGGAAUUGCAAAUCUAAUUGCAUUAUUUAUUGGAGCCUACAAUACAGUCUUAGCAAUGGAGCCUAAAAUUUAGCCAAUAAAUUGUGAAGAAUACAAGUGCAAUUGUAACAAAGACAAGUUCAGUAAUAAACCCUGGUCUUCAAUGUUUGAUUUCACAUGUUGCUUAUAGUUUUAUAGCAAUAUGCUGUGUAAACAAAAUUAUGUUGUUUCUCUCAUUAACAGCACUAAUUAUUUUAACCUGUUUGAGUUGAUACAAGUUAAGUGUUGCAAUAUAUCUUAUGUUUAUGCUAAAAAAUAAAUCAUUUGCUGGUCUCAUAAAAACUUAUAAAUGGCUCAAAUACUGUUUUUUAUUCUAUACUGGAGAAGUUUACCUACUUAUACUUAUAAUAAAACUGUCACAAGCUCAAAUCCUGUACAUGACAAUUUAAAUUUUGUUUUCGGAACUUAGAAUUACCAUUGCUAAACCCAAAAAUGUGUUUUUUUUCAUUCAUGUAUGUCUGUAUCAUGGCCACGCAUCACGAUUAAACUACUAAAUGCUUCAAAGUCGCAUCGCAGAAAUAUUCUUUGAUAGCACCUAUUAAAAUGAUAAUCUGAUGUCCUUGGUAAGAGUGAUCUGCUAAUAUAAAGUCAAUAAACUUCUUAGGUAUCUCAAUUCCAGUCCCAUAUGUAUUCUGUAAUUUACUGACUCCUGCUUCUUAAUCUAUAUCUGCGAAUGCUUUCUACUAGACAAUUCUAGGAACGAUUCUACAGCAUUAUCUAACCCUUUAUCUUUCUUUUCUAAAACAUUAUCUUCGUAUAAUUUUGGCAAUGGAAGAUCAGUAAUUUUUGCUACAAUCCGUAGAAAUGCGCUAUUUCUGUCCUUUUAAUUCUUUAAAGGGUCAGCUUUGAACUUAUGUUCAUUUGUCAUUGCCACUAGUUUCUCCUGAAAUGCUUAUCCAUACUUAUAAUAAAAUUAUAACAGGAUAAAUUCUGUGCAUUGACGAUAUAUUGUUUUUUUUUUUCGCGUCUGCGUCCCGUAGUUUAUGCGGGUGAAACCGCAGGGCACAGCUAGUCAUUCAAUAAAGUUCCAAUAAUCUCCUUUAUGAGACAAACAUUUAAUGCCCACUGUAUUUUUUUAAUAAUAAAAAAGAAGAAUGUUUAAUAUGCACUCGGGCAAAUUUUUUGUUAAAAAGCGUUAUUGCGAAAUCAAGUGUAACUAACAUUACAUCCAUUUCAUAAAGUCAUAUUUUUCCAGUUGCUGAUGAUGAUGAUGACUGAAAAAUACUGUUGUGGCCGUAGACAGGGCCAGGAAGUAUUUUAUAGCUUUCAAAAAAAAGUAAAGGCAUAGGCCGCCCAUGCUCAUGAAAAACUAAAAUAAUAAAAAUUAUGAAUGUAAAUCAUUAAAUAAAACUAAAUUACAAGUUGAUACAUUCUUAAUUCGGCAGCAUUGUACCUAUUUCUCGCACGGACCACGGGGCAUAAACGGCGCGCUCGUCAUGUCUCUCUACCCUUACACAAUCUAUAGGUAUGCACUAUUCAUUGCAGAUGCACAUAAUAUUAUGCAAAUAAAUUAUUUGAAAU